AUGGCAAGAAAACAAACCGCUGAGAAACCCCCUUUGACCCGUCGGGAUGAAACCCCAGAAUUACAACCGCCAACGGAGGAGCGACCACCGAACCCGCAACCACAAGAGCCGGUUCCUCAGACUCCGGCGAUGGUUUCCUUGAACACACUAGCGGAGUUCCUCAGACUGCAGGACCCGAACAAGGAUUGGGCGGCUGCGUUGGCGGGUUUUAGUCAAGUGGGACGGGAAUCGAGCAGAACCGGGGAAACCCUGAUAGUACCUACCCCAGAAACGAAUGUUCAACCCACAAUGCACCCACCGACUUUCAUUCCGACUUCAUCAACGAUUCCACCAGAAAGGAGAUCUCCCUCGACGACAGCACCUUCAGAAUACUCGGAACCCUCCCCUCCUAUUGAACCGAUGGAUGUUGACCCCCUUUCCGCCUAUUAUGACUCAGAUCCAGAAGUGACCGACGGGAAAGAAGGCGAAGAAAAAAGGAGCCGAGGGGAAGGAGAUGAAUCAGAGAGAACACCGUUAGCGGAAACCGUUCCCCAUAGAAUGGGAAGGGAGGAGUUAGAUCUGAACGAAACGGUCAGGAAGCAAUGCCUGAUGACUGAUGAGGAGUUUGAGGCGCUUUUGAACGAGGUGACCAGGAUGGAAGAUGACACUACCAAGAUGGCUGAGGGUCUAGACCUCGCAUCGGAGGCAGUAGGUGAGGGUGAAGAAGCUAGUACCAGGAAUGACCCAGAAGGCCUAGCCCAACAGCCAGAUGUCGAGGUGGAAGAGAGGCAGACCAGAGAAGAAGAGCCAAAGUCAGUGACUCCCCAGCCAGAAGCAGGGGAGAGUGAUACAUACAUCGAGAAGGAUGAGACCGUAGUACAAACAGGGGUGCCAGAGCCAGUGGCAUCUCCAGUGUAG